CCCGGUGUCCCCUGCCUACUCCCUCCGGAUUCGGCUCCAUGGAGGCGGAAACGGAGAAGGAGAGGAGUCUCGAGAAGAAGAUCAAGUCGGGGCUGUGCAGGUGCAGCCAUCUUGGAGCGACGUCGGAGGCGGCCACGCUGUUCACCGACGACCUCAUACUCGAGAUCCUCUCCCGCCUCCCCGCCAGAUCCCUACAUCGCUUCAAGUGCGUCUCCGUGGCCUGGCGCGACCUCAUUGCCGACCCCGCCAACCGCAAGAUGCUGCCCCAGACCCUCGCCGGCUUCCUCUACACGUCCUACUCCUACAGCAGCGGGCACCGCCACCACUUCGCCAGCGUCUCGGGCGGCGCAGCCCCGUUCGACCCUUCCCUCCCUUACCUGCAGCCUAGGAAGUACAAGGACAUGGCCCUGGUGGACGCCUGCAAUGGCCUGCUCCUCUACCGCGGCAGCAACAAGAACAAGGUGGCCCCUUGGGAUUGGGCAGAGGAUGAUUGCCGUUUCGUGGUGUGCAAUCCCGCCACUACCAGGUGGGUCGAGCUGCCCCCUAGGCCUGCUGCCCCAGAAAUCAGAUAUAGCCUUACUGCAGCUCUGGCUUUUGAUCCAGCAGUCUCGUCGCAUUUCCACGUUCUUCAUUUUGAGGAGGACAAUCUGGCAAAUUAUAUGACAGGAGUGAGCAUCUACUCAUCGCGGACAGGAGCCUGGAGUCGCGGGGAUAGUGGGAUGGUUGAAAAAAUGCCGCCGUACUUCACGAGUAAAUGUGUCUUUGUCGGCGGUAUCAUGUAUGUGAUUAGCGUGCUGCAGGACAUCAACACCGGCAACGAGUAUGUGCUGGUGGGGGUGGACGUGGAGGGGAAAGAGUGGAAGACUACCCGUGUGCCGUACUGUUCGAGAUUUUGUACAAUUGGAUUGUCGCAGGGAUUCUUACACUAUGCUGUAGCUAACAAUGAAAUCCUAGUUCCCGAGAUAACACUCUGGUGCCUCAAGGAUUGUGAUAGUAAAGAAUUCGUCCUGAAGCAUACCGCCAGCAUGGAUAAGCUUCUUAGCAUGACUAGGAUGAAGUACAAGGUGGUUGAGAUUCAUCCAGAUUGCGACACCAUUUUCUUGGUUUCAUAUGGAGGUGCUACCUUGGCUGCGUACGAUAUGCGACAUCAGAAAGUUGGUUGUAUCCUUAAUCUUGAGAAGAGCACAAAAGGAUUUCUACCCUAUGUUCCUCUGUUCUCAGAGCCAUUAGCAGAUGCAGAUGGGCAGUAGUUUCUUUCCUUCAAACCACCCUUGUGCAAGAAUUGGCUCCUCUGUCGGCUCAAGUACUUGUCUAUGUACUUUGGAAUUUGCUUGAAUCAUGCCACUCAAUUAGCUUGAUUGAUUUGUAGUUUAGAGCAAAUGCCUGGUAAACCUACAGAUUAAGGAUAAUGUCAUUUUCAAAGGACAUUGUUACUCUUGUU